CGUCUUCCAAUAAGUUGCGAAAUCUACCAGAGAGCCUCUUCUUGAGCACAACGUUGCUAGUACUGCUCGACCUCUCCUGUAAUCGAAUAUCGAGCUUUUUACCGGGAGUAUUCCACGGGUUGACCAUGCUGGAAGAGCUAUUGCUUGGAAAAAAUCGACUGUCGGUUCUACCUGUUGACCUGUUCAAAGACUUGACAAGUCUCAAGUAUCUUGGUUUGGAAGAAAAUCGACUGAGAGAAUUACCCGAUGAAUUAUUUCGGAUGCAAACGUCACUUCGCGAGUUGAACUUCAGAAGUAAUCAAUUGUCGGAAAUAUCUGCGAGAUUAUUGGCGCCUCUCGAACAACUAAACUCUCUUGAAAUGUCCAAUAACAAGAUAGCUCGAGUAAAUAUCGGAUACGUGCGAAAUGUGUACGAAAAAUUCAUAGAAUACUUUUUGUUUUCUUAUAUUAGGAACAUUGUACUAAUUUUAUCUUGGAUUAAUUAGUGUAGAAAUUUUAUGAUCAUAUUUUAAUUAUAGUUUACGUGCAAUAAUAGUAUAGUGGGAUAUAUCAUAUUAGAAACAUAACCUGUCGAAUUAUUGUAGCAGGAUCAAAAUGACGUAUAUAUCACUCGUGUGCAUCGAGCCUAAUAAUAAAAAAUAGUUAUUACUUGCAAGGUAAAAAUUGCUACAAUGUUGCCAAUAUCGAAAAACAGAAAAAAAUUCUACAUAAUUUUCCGUUCACAUUUUCUAUUCGUACGUAUGUAUCGUUCAUUGAUCUCUUUGCUUUUUUCUUUUCGUUCGUUGAUACAUAUCGCAUUACAUCAUAGAUCAAUCCAACUGCGUUUCAAGGUUUGGUAGCGUUGAAGGAACUUCAACUGGGACACAAUCGUUUAAGAAACUUGACGCCUGGAUUGUUUUCAAUGUCUGCCAGUUUGGAAAGACUGGUAUUGUACGCAAAUGGAAUAGAGAAUUUAUUGCGCGGCACGUUCCAAGGCUUAUCUAAUUUGACAUCGCUUUUUCUGCACUCGAAUCACUUGAGAAUUAUGCAUCCCGAUCUAUUCCAAGAUACACCGAAUCUGCGAAAACUGUGAGUAAGAUUGAACAAUUGGUAAGUGGAAUAAUUAAUAAUCAAGAAAAUGGAAUAAUUAAUAAUCGUCAGCAGGCAGCUAGAAUCGAAUUAUUUAUCGUCGUUGCCGCCUCGGAUUUUAGACGCCGUAGAAUUAAUCGAACAGCUUCGUCUCGCUAGAAACCCAUGGCACUGCGAUUGUGCUGCCUCCUAUCUGGCUACAUGGUUGCAAAGAAUGUACCUAACGCGGGUAAACGACACAAACUCAUCCGAGAAUUUGGGGAUUUGGGAAUUUGGUGCAGGAGCGGUUUGUAGAGGUCCCGGUACUCUCGGUGGCAGACUGUUGCUCCGUUUAACGUUUCACGAACUCUGUGAAGGACAAUGGGCUUCGAUGAAGGGUUUGGUUCCUCGACUUCCGAUAGAUCUCAUCAGUGGUCGAAACGUCGCUUCCACCGAUAAUCCUUUUUCGCGAAACGAGUUCGUUUCAACGCCUAACCUCUCUCGUUCCACCAUUCCUUCACAAAGAUAACGUCUCGAUAUAUUUUUUUCUAUGUAUUCGCCGUUAUCAGAAAUUAAACUUUUGUAUUCGAGUUUAAUAUAGGAACAAUCUCUUUUCAUCUCUUUAGUAUUUUUUUUACUUUUGUUAUCAUAUCACUUUGCUCGUUGCUCUUGUGUAUUCUAUCGUACGAUUUUAUCGACCGUAUCUCGUAUUGCAUUUCUACAACUCAUCGACCCAUUUGACCGUAUUCGUCUGACUGAUUGCGCGACGCGAAAAUUUCCGGUCGAUAUCUCGUCUAUCAUAAAUGCGCGGUCAACAUUGGUGUCGCGUGUUGUGUUACUUGCAACGAUUCCGAUCUUCCGCGUCCAGCAAACAAGUGGCUGAUCGAAUAAACAACGAAUGGAGGAACGAAAAUUAAAGCGUGGGGGAAUGGCGUUGGCUCGAUAUCGUUGAUCUAACCAAGAGUAAGGAUUUAGUUUACGACACGCAAUGGACGCUUCGUCAUCUACGAAGGCAACGAUUGAGCUGUUCAAACAACUGCUCGAAAUUCUCGAGGAAGAAAAUGCGUUCGAUCGUACGGGCAACGAAUCACUCGUACGAUUUGUUCAUCCGCAUGAGUUGCAAGAACGAUUACCAAUUAAACUGACCGAGGAACCAGCUGAUAAAAAUGAAAUCGAAAAUGCGAUCCGACAAACGAUCCGAUACUCCGUUAAAACGUACAGUCCACAUUUUCAUAAUCAACUCUACGCUGGCGUUGACGAAUAUGGCCUAGCUGGAUCUUGGUUGACGGAUAUGUUUAAUACAAGCCAAUACACGUAUGAGGUAGCUCCUGUAUUUACUUUAAUGGAACGACAAGUGAUAGAAAAAACUUUGGAAUUGAUCGGAUAUCCGUCCAUGCCGGACGGAGAUGGAAUUCUCUGUCCUGGCGGCAGUAUCUCUAACAUGUACGGUAUGGUGCUAGCUAGAUAUAAAAUGAUUCCGGAUGUUAAAAAGAAAGGUCUCGCGGGACUUCCACCGCUCGUUUGUUUUACCAGCGAGGCUGGCCAUUAUUCAAUCUCGAAAGGAGCUCAUUGGUUAGGUUUAGGAACUGAUCAUGUUUACAAGAUAAAAUGCGACGAAUCGGGACGUAUGCGACCGGACGAGUUGAAAGCCGCCAUAACCGAAGCCAGAAAACAAGGUCACUUACCGUUCUUCGUGAAUGCCACCUGCGGCACUACAGUUCUCGGGUCUUUUGAUCCGUUGCCGGAUAUCGCAGCUAUUUGUCGUGAAGAAAAUUUAUGGUUACAUGUUGACGCAUGUCUCGGUGGCACGUUAUUGUUUUCGGAAAAGUAUCGAAAUCGAUUAAAAGGAAUCGAACUAUCCAACUCCGUGGCUUGGAAUCCCCACAAGACACUUGGUGCCCCGUUGCAAUGCUCAUUGUUUCUGGUCAAGGGUAAAAACAUUUUACACGAGACAAAUUGCGCGGGAGCGAAGUAUCUGUUUCAACAAGACAAACAUUAUGAUGUAUCUUGGGACACGGGUGACAAAAGUUUGCAGUGUGGGAGAAAGGUCGAUGGAGCCAAGUUUUGGCUGAUGUGGAAAGCACGUGGGACCAAAGGGCUUCGCGAAUCCGUGGAACUUGCUAUAUCAGCUGUUGAAUACUUUAUCGAUCGAAUUCGAAAUCGCAGCGGAUUUCGCUUGGUACUUCCUCAAUACGAAGGUUGUAACGUUUGCUUUUGGUAUAUACCACCGAGCAUGCGAGAUCAACCAGAAACUCAAGAAUGGUGGGAUAAAUUAUACGAGAUUGCACCUAAAAUUAAGGAACGUAUGAUGACAAAUGGAACGCUAAUGAUCGGAUAUAUGCCACUAUCCUUUAAAAAACUUGGAAACUUUUUCCGUAUGGUGAUCAACUGUCAACCACCACCGAGUAAAGCUUCAAUGGAUUACGUAAUCAACAAGAUCGAAGAAUUGGCCAUUGAUUUGUAAACAUUAAUUUGGAUUAAUAUCUACACGUUCUACCGAGUAAAUGAGAAAGAAAGAUCAGGAGAAAAUGAAUUUGCCCGGGUAAUUUAUUAUUGCGAGCUCAUCUCGUUACUUUUAUUAUAAUCGCGUGAUACUAUGCCACGGCAUGAAGCGUUUACAAAAUUCGUCGACUCGAAAUAAUUCGAAUCAAACUCCCGGCUAAAUCGAGUCUUAAAAGCUUGGUCAUCUUUUACGCCGAAUCGCGACGCGCAUAUGAAUAUUUUUAUCUUUCUACUCUCUUUCAUUUUCGAUUAUCCUUCUUUCCAUACAUAACUUGACGCAUAACCACGACUCAAUGUGAGCCAAUAAUAAAAAAUGCGCGAAUCACACGCUCUAUAUUCGCAUGAAUGCACAUACGCACAACUCGUUCACAAUCUCUCACUCAUAUUUUAAUCGCACACAUUUAAAUGCACACAAUUGUAAAAUGUAAUAGGUACAAUUCGAUACGUUACACGCCCGUUCUUUAUCGUUCGUCUUUGUAACGAUAUUGUAAAAUGAUGCAAGCGUUCGUCGUAACGAUGGCACUGAAUCAUAUGACGCGAAAUCGGAUGUGUUCGUGUCUGUCACAAAAUAAAACUGUAUACAGGAUAAA